GAACUGAUGAAAACUUGGAUUUAGAUACAGAUGAGGAUAGCAACAAAAAUCUUAAAACAUUUGGCACAUCAGACCAAAAUGAAGGUAAAAAAAGACAAAAGGGAAGUUUUUGAUAUAUCAAGGGUAAAAUGCCCGUCCUAUACUGACCAAUGGAACGCGGUUUUCAAAGCAGUAUUUUAAAAUGAUGAAGUAACUAUCUCAACCGUUGCUAGUAUUUAUUAGAAAAUAACUGUAUUUUCCUCUUGUUACAUUUCCUAAUGUUAAACUACCCCCGUAGAGCUAAUUUAAAUUUGCUGAGCAACUUAGACAACUGUCUGUGAAUGCAUGAAUGACCUACAAUUAUAUCCAUGCAUUCUUAGUUUUCUUACGAUGCUGAAGCGCUUGACAUAUGAUAUAACUGUGUUUCUCUCCGCCUUUGCAUGAUAGACUUUGCAUGCUAGAUUGAAUCUGGAAUACUGUUCCACGUCGUUCACCAUAUUUAAAAAGUGUUCAUUAUCAUACUUAGGUCCGGGUGAAAAGAGAAAAUUAGAGAAUCUUGCCGUGAUUCGGGAGCAAGGUAUUAUUAUUACCAGUUCAAAAAGCCCUAAUCAUGCAUGCAUGGCACCAUUUACUUUAAUUAAUCACUAUAUUGUAAUGAAAUAUUUAAACUAACAAAGUUUGAUAAUAAUCGGAACAAGAAUUUUUACUGCAGUGUAUUGAAUCUUCUUGUAUUAAUCCACUUAACACCUUUCAUUUUUACUGUACUUUCACUCUUAAUUCACACAGUAAUUCUUAAGAUCUCACAGGCUGCCUUUCUUGCUUCAUCGUUAUAAUUGCUUCAACUUGCAUUAUUGUUCGUUUCGUAUACCACCUCCAACGUACCAAUUACAAUCGGUAGGAUCCGGACGGUAAAGCUGUGUUGUCUCUUUUGUAUUUCAAAUGCAACUUGCUGAUGCCUCUCACUUUUUAAUGUGUUUUGCCUGAAGGUUUUUUCGUUUGAGCAAGCCAUGUCAACAAGAUAAAAUCUUCCUUUUUUAAUUCUAUUGUUACAUAUACGGCCUUUUAGCAUUUGUUGAUAUUCCAAAUUCUAGCUCAAGUGCUCAACUUACAAUUUCCAUUCUCAGUCAUCCUUUCUUUAUUCCACCAUUCUUUAAUACUCCAUCUGAACCCUUAAUUUAAUACAGAAUACCAGUGAUGUAUUAUUUCUUCGGCUAUAAUCUAAUAAUAAAAAUUCACUAUUAUUAUAUUAUUAUUGUUACCUUUAAUUUGAUUCUUUUUGGGAACAUUUUUAUGUUUUUAGACGUAUACCUUAAGAUCAUCUUUUACUAUGUUGUUGAAAUUAAUUACUUGGAACAUGUAGAUACGUAAUCACCAUUUUCAUUUCUUUUCACUGUAUAAUAUAUAGGUUGUUUUAAUAACGUUGUAUUUUUUAUUGUUAAAAUUAUAAUUCUUCUUCUUCUUCUUCUCCGCCUUUACUUGUAUUCUCCCUAUGAUAGUAUGAUUAGUCUGGUUUCUUAAAAUCUGAGGAAAUUUGGAUGUUUGCAUGGCUAGCGCUGAACUAGAAUAUACUGUUCCGCGUCCACUAUAUUUAAACAGUGUUAAUUUACACGAUGGUAUCAUUUAAUUCGAGUAUUUUUUGUUUUAACAUACCCAGGUUCAAAUAAAAAGAUAAAGACAGAAAAUGCUAUGGUGAUUCAAGACCAAGUGCCGGUUGCAGGUAUUAUUUUUUUUACUGGUGUCGUUGUUGUUUGGUCAUUGUCAUUGUUGUUUAUUUAUUUAUUUAUUUAUUUAUUUACUUAUUAAACUUCGGCCGUUAACACCAACAGAAACCAGGUAAAUACGUUCCCCGCUCGCCAACAAUUUUGGGAACAGAAAUAUUAACUAAUGGUUAAACGUCUCGUAUAUUCGUUGUUGGUCUAUUAUUUUAUCGAAUAUUUAUCCCAACUGUCAAUUUCAAUAUUACCCCAACUUAGGCGUUGUUUCUAUGUAUGCCAGGCUGGCCCAAUGAGCGUAACUACUCGUUAAACAUGAUCUGGCCGUAUCGUCCUUAAAUAGUAGAAACCUCUUUGCAAGGUCCAUUGAAGGGUUUUUGGAUACACUGUUGAAACUGCGAACCGGCUUAUUUUAGCCUGUCAAACAUGGUCUUGUUUUAUUUGUGUUUGUUGUAGUAAGCGGAGAAUCGUGGAAAUGGGAAGAGACUUCGAUAGUUCAUCGAGAAAAGUUUAUCAAAUUGGGGGAGUAUAGAAAAACCCAUCCAAAAGACAUCAAGGAGGUUAACGGAGUACACGUUUGUUGCUCGAAUGAGUUUCUCAUUGGGAAGGGAAGUGAUGGCACUCGAGUUUAUGUAGGAUUAGAGAAAAAUGGUCAUGAGAGGGCUGUAAAACGUUUGCCCAGAGAUGUUUGCACUGGCUUAGCUGAACAAGAAAAGAAAGUCUUAAAAGAACUCAAUGAAACUAAGUCAAAUUAUGUGGUAAAUUAUUGGUUUUUAGACGAGCAAAGCGACAGGGACUACCUAUUUAUAAUCUUGGAUUUAUGUGAAGAAACGUUGGAAAAUUUUGUUGCUAAUAGCAGUGAUGACGAUCUGGUAAAAAUAGCGCCAGAUAUCAUUCGGCAAGUUUUGAAAGGAUUGGCUGAUCUUCAUUGCGAACCAAUGCCCAUUUUGCAUCGAGAUUUAAAACCAUCCAACAUUUUGCGCAACGUUCACGAUAAAUGGUUGCUGGCAGAUUUUGGUAUCAGCCGAAUCCUAACAGAGGGUGCCAGUACCCUUCCAACCACUGACCAGAGAGGAACGGAAGAUUGGAGAGCCGUUGAGUCCAAUAACAUGGCAGCUGAUGAUGGCAAAUUACGCUUCAAGAAAGAAUCCGAUAUUCAG